AUGUCGAGCAAAGCCCGCCUUAUACCGGCAUCUUCACGAACUCUUCUGCUGACCUUCGACGCGUUCAAUACCCUCUUCCACCCCCGUCUCCCCAUUCCCGAGCAAUAUGCCGCGACCGCACACCAAUUCGGAUUAUCACGCACUACCGUCACCCCGGACAAACUCGAAACCGCAUUUCGGGACACAUUUCGUGCGCAGGCGCGUCGAUACCCAAAUUACGGCCGUGCGGAUGUUCUUCGGGGCCAAUACGGGGGACCGAAGCAGUGGUGGGAAGAGGUAAUUAGGGGGAGUUUCGGACGUGUUUUGUCUACAGAGAAUGGGGAGACGUGUCCUGAACACCCUACCGAGCAUCAGCAUAUUCCAGAUGGCUUGGUGGAAGCCCUUCUAGAUCGAUUUGCUGGUUCCGAGGGGUAUGCGCUCUAUGACGAUGUGCUACCCUUCUUCCGCCGACUGCGCAAACUGAAGUCCGCACAUAAAUGGUCGUUUGAUAGGAUCGUUGUUGGAGUGAUAUCUAACUCGGAUGAUCGGGUUCCUGCUGUGUUGAAGUCAUUAGGGUUGACAGUUGGUGAUAUGCGCGCCGACCAGGAUAAAUCAAGUAUGGAUCUUCCGGGGUUUGAGGAACGAGGUAUCAGAAAAGACGAUGCCGGGGAACUUGACAAAAAACAUGAAGACCGCAACUUGGAUCUUGAUAUUGACAUGGUUAUUACAAGUUAUGAGGCCGGCCAAGAGAAACCUCAUCGCCUGAUCUUUGACGUGGCGAGGCGGCAGUCUCUAAAGGUUGCCCGGCCGUGGUUGACCAGCAGAACUAAAUUCAAGUCUGUGCAUGUAGGAGAUGAUUUCAAAAGGAUUACCAGGCUGCAAGGGAUGCAGGCUGGGAGAGCUACUUGA